AAGCUCGCGAGGAAGAGUCACUUGGACGUAGUGUCUGUUUCGGGAGCGGGAAGGCAGCAGCUCAAAAUGGCCUCGAAGACGAUCGUUCAUCUGGCGAUUGCUUGCGGCGUGCUCGCGGCCGCAACCCCGGUGUCUCACUAUCAGCGCUUCACAAGUACAAACAACCAACUGGACCAUAACAUCGCCGGGAGACAAUCUUCAGGUUCCUGUCCGGAGAGAAAUGGCCGAUUUCCUGUCCCUAACCAGUGCGACGCCUACAUAGAAUGCAUCGACGGUGAACCUGAACAGAAGCUUUGCCCCGAGGGUCUCCUUUUCAACCCUGAAGCCAGAUUCAAUUAUCCCUGCGGUUAUCCUAUUGACAUAGACUGUGGCAGCAGGUCUAGCCGCCAACCACCACAACCAACGGACGACUGUCCCCACCAAUAUGGCUACUUUAAAGUGGGGGAUCAUCAGAACUGCGGCCAAUUCGUGAAUUGUGCCGAGGGUAGGGGCUACGUCUUCGACUGUCCUGAGGGGUUGGCCUUCAACCCUGAAUCCUACCGCUGUGAUUGGCCAGACCAGGUACCUGACUGUGAUGCCGAGGCGUUCCUUGGCUUCCGAUGCCCGGAAGUGAGAGAUCAAGGAUUCUUCGGGGGUCCCCAGUUCCAUCGCAGCGUGCACGAUUGUCAGCAUUAUUAUGUUUGCGUGAACGGUCGUCCGAGAUUACACAAUUGUGGAGAAGGCAACGCGUUUAACGAGUUGAACAGCACUUGUGACGCUGCGGAGAAUGUUACUGGAUGUGAGCCACCAGAAUCGUCUCUUCUGAGCCAGCAAUUGCGCAGGCCUCUAUUUUAAAAGAUACAACAAAAUUCCUGACGUUCACUAAAAAAAAAACUACAAGUUAAAUAGUGUCUCAAAAUUAUCACUAUCUGAAUAUUUUAUUUGAAUACAAUAUAGUAAACGAUAUCUAUAGAUAACGAUGAAAUAAAAACGAUAUAAGACAGUGAGCGCGCGAAACGCCAUAAAUAAUUGUGUAAAUAUUUAUGUGUAAGUAUAGACACACUAUAAAAAGCGUGUACUAGUUGUUAGCAUAAACUUUUAUUAGUUUCAUAAAGAAAUUGUUCAAAAAUCUA